UCAAGAAAGUACUUUUUAGUUUAAAAACUUCCUGGGAAAUGCCGAUAUCGAAAUGGUCCGCCUACAAUGUGGGCUUAGCCUGCAGUCAUGCCAUGAAAGGAUAUGCCUAUGGAGUGGCCAUCGCUUGUGGCAAGGACACGGAAGUCGGAAAGAUGGCGCAGCUGAGUUUCGAAAAGCGACCGAAGAGUAGAGUGGCGAAGCAUCUGCAGCAGUUCAGCUGCUAUAUGAUCCUGGUGGUGGUCGUGUGUAUAAUCACCAUAUUCUAUACCAUUUCGUUUCAAGCGUUGCAUAUGGGACUACAGGUGAGUUUCUCACUGCUAAUGGCCUUAAUGCCCCUAUUCUUGCCGCCGCUGCUGUGGUGGGGCCUGUGGUUCACCAAGAAUCGGAUGUUGAAGAGGCAGUGCUUUGUGCGGAACCUUCAUGCCUCCAGCACAGUGGGCCUCACCACGGUAAUAGUUUCUGAUGCCACAGGGACCUUGACCCGCCGCCAGAUGCGCGUUAGGGAGAUCUUUGUGAAUAUGAUGCUGUUGAGCGGCGACGAUCCGGAUAUCACCGACAUGGGAGAAACGUUCGAUGAACUGGUCAAGGCUAUGAUCCUUUGCAAUGAUGCCUACGUCCCCCCGGGUCAGAUUGGAGUGCCCAAGCUCAAGAGACACCUAUAUGGGAAUAUGUUGGACAUGACGCUGCUCAGAUACGGCAUGCAAUUCGAGUCCGACAUCGAUAAACUUCGUCGGGAUUACGAAAAGGUGGCCAACAAGACAUACACUGACUCGGAUCGCCUCCAGGUGACGGUGCACAAGCUGACCGAUGAGGAUGGCAAGGCGAAGCUCAUUCUGCUGAUGAAGGGUCACUGCGAUGCGGUACUCCGCCGCUGCGGAACCAUCAUCGUUGACGACGAGGAUUUGCAGAUUGACGAUGUGAUCUAUGACAUUAUCUCCAAUUUGUCGGAUAGUCUCGUGGAAGCGGGCCGUCAUGUCCGGGCGUUUGCCUAUAAGGAGAUUGACCGGGAGGUGGAAGUCCGCCGCUUUUCGCUAUUUCAUACUGGUGCUAGAGAUACGGAUUCCAGGUACCGCGACUACAUGGCUGUGGACACGUUUAACUUGAGAUUUUUGGGUAUGGUGGCUGCCCAUUAUCCGCCACGGAGCACCAUCAAAAGUGCCGUCCACAAGUGCCGCACGGCUGGAAUCAAAAUAGCCAUCGUCACCAGCCAGAAACCGGAAACGGCCAAAGCUCUAGCCCUGGAUGUGGAUAUCCUGGGUGGGUUGUGGCUCGUUGACCAGACCAAUCUGCGAACGGCCACAGGUGAUACAAGUACGGAUAUAGUGGACAUGCUGGAGAUUGCGGGACUCAAGCCCAAUCACCAGAAGUGGCAGAUCGAACAGCUGCUCCUCAGCCAGCGGGACUUGGUGUGUGCCAAUUGCUCCGUGGAUCAGCAUUACAUGAUUGUGGACGCCUGCAUCCGAAUGGGCGCUGUGGUCUCCGUAAUUGGUUACAAUCUCCAUCAUACUCCAGCGCUGCAAAGGGCAAAUGUGGGCGUGGCCAAGUUUGGAGGCGCCACAACCUGCGAUGCUGGUGCCGAUGUCAUUCUGUUGGACGGCUCCUUCGCCACCUUGGUUGGUGUCAUCUCCCUCAGUCGCCUCUUCUUCGAGAACAUGAAGAAGGCAAUGGCCUAUUGCAUGGCUACCAACAUUACCUUCCUCUUGGUCCACUUUAGCUUUCUUCUGAUCCAGCUGCCUUUAUGGAUCCGUGUGAUAUCCGUCUUUAUUGUACAAUUUAUGGUGAACUUGAUUCCUGCUUGCGCCCUUAUAGUUGAACUUGCUGAAGAGCGUCUGAUGAUGCAAAAACCCAAGGUCUACGAUGACCAUUUAGUCAAUAGGCGACUCCUGUUUGUGACACAUAUUUUGGUGGGACCUAUCGAAGCCGCCGCUGUUUUUAUAGUUUACUUUAAAUACAUGGCCCACCAUGGAUUCCUACCUAAGACCUUGUAUGGCCUAAACUACAAGUGGUAUGACCCGAAUGUGGAUGAUAUCAUAGAUACCUAUGGCCAGGAAUGGAACCAUGCCACUCGUAUGCAGCUGGACAAUAAAGUGGGAAGCCUAGUCCUGAUGUGCCUCAUCACAAUGCAGGCCGUCAAUCUGAUGCUCUCCAAGACGGCGCGUGCCAAUGUGCUUAAUCAUUGCUUCGACAACACGUCCUUGUUGGUGGCCGUCUCGUACCUCAUCGGACUCAUCAUCUUUAUUCAUAACAUGGACUUUCCUGAAUGCUUUUAUUUAUCCCAUAUCGAGAGCUGGCUCAUAUUAUUUUCGACUGUCUGGCCGUUUGCUAUUUUUUUGAUUGUGAUUGAGUCUACCCGUCGAUACUUCCUAAGGCUGUUUCCGGAAAGUUGGCUGGAAACUUUGACGUACUACUGAGUAAAGGACUUUCGACAAAAAGUGUGACUUUAGCCGUAAACUUUUUAUAAUCCAUACCUGUGUGACUUUGUGUGCCUCGUAAACCCUGGUUAGAAAUAAAAAAUCUCAGCACUGCUGAAAAUAAUA